UGCGGCGCAGUGUCGCCUUCGUCCACCUUAGAGCCACUCGUGGCGACUUUGGGGUGGACCACGCUGGCGAGCCAUGGAGCCACCCGGCGGUGCUCGAGACCGCCUGCUAGGCAUGGUCGUGCUCUCCAGCAUCACUUUCAUUGUGCUCAGCGUCACGCCUCCGCUCAGCUUCCUCGUCGGAUUCGUCUCGAAUGCCAUCUUCGCCGGCAUCGUGGGCUUCCAACUGGCCGAGCUCAUGGACCGCCGGUACCGCCAAGAGGUCCGGCUCAAGCACCCGACCGUCUUCGUCAGUGGUUGCGACAGUGGGCUGGGUCUGCACACUGCCCGGCGUCUCCAUGAGCACGGCUUCGAGGUGUACGCCGGCUGUCUCGACCCCGGCUCGGACGGGGCGACUGUCCUUAAGGAGAUGCGGGUCAACGUGGUGGCCCUCGACUACAUGGAGGAGGACAGCAUCGUGCAGGCCUACAAGACGGUGACCGCGCAGCUUGGUGAUAAAGAGCUGUGGGGCAUUGUGGCCAACGCGGGCGUGACCAAUUACGGCGAGCUGGAGUGGAUGUCGUACGAGGAGCUGCGCUGGCUCGUCGCCGUCAACGUCACCGGCACCAUGCGCUUCGUCAAGGAAGGCAUCGCGCUGCUCAGGAAGAGCAAAGGUCGCAUCGUCAUCAUGUCCAGCGUGCACGGCCGCAUGUCCAUACCCGGAUCUGUGGGGACUUCGGCCGCGGCCGCAGCGCUCUGCUCACUCGCCGACGGUCUGCGCCGUGAGCUGUACAAGUGGCAAGUGAACGUGAGCACCGUGGAGCCCAUGCUGUAUAAAACAAGGAUCACGGACCCUGAAAACGUCAAGAUCGGCAUCAACGAGGUCAUCAACAGAAUGAACCCCACCAUGAAGGAAGCGUAUGGCCAAGUGUACCUGGACGCCUUUAAGAACUUGAUCCCUAAACGUAUGCAGAAGUACAUGCACGUCAACCUCAACGACGUGUCCAAGGCAGUUCACUGCGCCCUGACAGAUCCGAUACCCAAGGCGCGGUACCGGUGCGGCAGCACUGACGUUGCGCUGUGCAGCCUCUUCGAAAUGCUGCCCAUCGAGAUGCUCGACAGCGUGCUCAUCAAUGGGUUCCAGCCGAGGACCAAGGAACGUGCGCAGUUGACCGUGCCUCCUAAGCCAACCGGGGACUUGUCCAAGACACAGUGAGCCCCCGGGGCACCACGGACGCACUACGACGCAUUUGAAGCGGCGAGAAUAAAUUGUCCGCUCGUGGCGCUCGCGACCGUGGGACUUCAGCACGGGAUGUGGGGCAGAUCCAAAUAAAAGAGGCCAGCAUCGCGACUGGUGGGCCCGCUUUGGGACUUGCAGACGUGCAAAAGCGAAAGGGUGCCUUUGGAACAUAAUUUCA